AUGAAAGAUACACAUGGUGGAAUACAUUCGGCUAACAAUAAAAUCAAAUCAUGCACAGCCAAACAGCGUAAAAAAGAACACAUCAAAGAACAAGGAAUUCAACAGCAUCAGAUGAUUGAUUCCAAUAGUGGAAUAAGUUAUGAUCUCACAAACAGCUCAUCAUAUGCAGUCAAUAAUUGCGAAACUAAAGAAAAAGGAAAUUUUGGAUCGUCACAGUUCAUUAAUCUUACCAGUGAUGAUAGUGAUGACGGUUUGCUUCUUUCUUCAAAUUCUAAUUAUAAUUCUAAUAAUAUAUUCAACCAACCAGAAGGGGUUAUUGAUCUCAAUGAGGAUUAUCAUGUAGCACCUAUCAAUCAAGUAUCACUUACAACUCUUAAGAGAAACCGUGGUCGACCUAAAAAUAUUUUAGGAAAUACGUCCGUAAAAACUGUUAUUGAAAAAAUAACUGCCACUCCAAACACUACU